AUGACGACGACAAUGAAGAAGGAGAUGGUGUUCUUUGACGUGGAGACGGCGGCGGCGCCGUCGGCGUCGGACACGGACCGCCGGUGGCACAUGCUGGAGUUCGGCGCCAUCCUGGUCUGCCCGCGCCGCCUCGUGGAGCUUUCAGCCUACUCCACCUUCAUCCAGCCCGACGACCUGUCCGCCGUCUCGGGCCGCUUCGCCUCCUCCCCGUCCCACGCCGCAGCCUUCGCCGAGGCCCCGUCCUUCGAGGAUGUCGCCGACGACAUCUUCGAGCUCCUCGACGGCCGCGUCUGGGCAGGCCACAACAUCCGCCGCUUCGACUGCCACCGCGUGCGCGACGCCUUCGCGGCGGCAGGCCGCCCGGCGCCCGAGCCGGCGGGCGUCGUCGACUCCCUCGCCGUGCUGGGCCGGGUGUUCGGGCGCCGCGCGGGUGACCUCAAGAUGGCCACCCUGGCGACGUACUUCGGGAUCGGGAAGCAGACGCACCGGAGCCUGGACGAUGCGCGCAUGAACCUCGAGGUGCUCAAGCACUGCGCCACCGUGCUGCUGCUUGAGUCCAGCCUCCCCGGCGUGCUCGGCGGCGAGGACGCUGGCGACGGCGCCGUCACCAGGCGGAGGGCCGCCAACAGCAUCGCCGGCAACGUCUUCAACAGGAACAGGUCGACGGCACCCACCAACACGCUGCAGAUGGCGUUUGCUCGUGCGGCCGCGUCUUCCACGGUGACGGCGGUGACGACUCCUGCUUCCGCCGCGGUUCAGAAGGUGAACGGGAGGUCGUGCAAGAGGGACAGUACGGGGAAGGUGGUGAAGGCCACAACAACGGCGACGCCUAGCGCCGCUCCAAGACCCCGGCGGCCGGUGACCACGACGCCGUUCAGCAUGAUCCUCAGGCACUCGAGGGCCAUCGUCAGAUGA